AUGCCGGGCACCACCGCAGCCGGGUGCCACCGCAGCCGGGCGCCACCGCAGCCGGGCACCACCGCAGCCGGGCACCACCGCAGCCGGGCACCACCGCAGCCGGGCACCACCGCAGCCGGGCACCACCGCAGCCGGGCCCCACCGCAGCCGGGUGCCACCGCAGCCGGGCACCACCGCAGCCGGGCACCACCGCAGCCGGGUGCCACCGCAGCCUAG